GCCUUUCGUCAAGACUUUACAACUGUGCCUUCUUUAAAAUUUGGACGGGCGUGCAGCGUCUCGUCGCCAAAUCACGAGGCAAAAGCCGCAUUUCAGACAUCUUUUGCAAAGAAUUACGGGAAAUUCAACAGGGUUCUCCAUUACGACGGCUCAAAUACUGUUCAACUAUACGAAAAGAAAGCACCGGUUGAGCAAAUCAAAUCGCCAGAAAGAUCUCCAUCGACCCCUGUGCUGACGAAAUUGAGGCGGGCUUCCACAAUUCACAAGACAACAAGAGAGCUCUAUGCAGUCAAAAUGUUUCACUGCGCCCAAUCAACCGCUCUAUGCCCCUGCAGAAACCAAGGUGAAUCAUUUUCACUAUGCCACCCUAAUGUGAUCCCAAUUAUCGACAUACUUUACAAUGAAAAGAAGCACCUCUGCCUCGUUAUGCCCUACUGCGGCGGUGGCAGCCUUAAAUCCUUUCUUUCCCAAGAAGAGCCACGAAAAGACAAGAUCUCAACGGAAGAGUUGAACUGCUGGAUUAUUCAAAUACUUCGCGCAGUGGCAUUUUUACACGCAAAGGACAUUGUCCACGGCGAUUUGAAACCAGAACAUGUCCUCUUCACAACCGAAGGCGCAGUAAAGGUAAGUGGUUUUGGGGAAGACGAAGAUGCAGUCCGGGAACUGGUUGAAAUAUUGCAUGGUAAUAAUCUCCCGUCGUGUGACUCCGGGUCGGGACCCAGUUUGAACUCGAUUCCGGCUUUUAACUACAGACCAAAGAUUUGUAUUCGGAGGAAGCUUUUGGAGUCAAGUGUUCCUUAUCUUCCUCCAGAGAGGUUCUCUAGUCGACGCGGCUCUUACCAUCAAAGCUACUCACAUCAUCAUGGUUCCGAUAUCAGAGCUGGGGAUAUAUGGGCUUGCGGUAUAAUAUACAUGGCUCUGAUAUCUGGCAAGCUCCUUUGGAGCAGGGCACAGACAGUGAAUCCUGAAAAGCCUUUUGCCAAUUAUCUUGACUGUCGCCUGACCGAUGACGGCUAUGGUCCUAUACAGGUGCUUAGGCUUCGUUGCCGAAAUGUGAUCUAUGCGAUGUUACAUCCUGAUUCGGAGUCGAGGAUUACUGCAGCGGAGGUUUUGAGAUCGGAGUGGGCGCUUGGAGUUGCUGUCUGUGAGGUUGGAAAUUCGGGAUGA